AUGUUUGCCAUCGCGGUCUACCGCCACACCUCCUGGCUGCUGGCGAUCGUGCUAUUAGUAUGCUUCUGGGCCGCUUACAUUGCACGUGGGGGCUUCGACCCACAAUGGAAACCUGUUGUGUUUGGUACGGAGAUCACAGCAUCGCAUCGGCUUGCUCUUUUGUACGCUGGUUCCUUAACGCUGAUUUUCGUCGUCUUUGGCCAAGCCUUGUUGGUGCUUCUGGGCAUUCUUGGCACACUGACGGCAAGCCAUGCUCUGUGUCAUUCCGGGCCGCCCAAGCCAGCUGGCACGCCGCUCGCGCCGGCUCCCGCGGAAGAAGUGAAGCCCAAAGUCAGAGCCAUCGUUUGA